CAUCUCACUCUAUUGAACGGAGAUAAAUGGAAUUAACUUUUGACUUUUGGCUCAUAACAAUUUUAACGCUGAUAUUUCUACAGACAAUUAAAUCAGAUAUGGAAACCAAGCAUCGAAGAAAGGCGAAGGAACAAGCCAGAACCCUGCUAUUUCCGCCAACUGCACCAACUCGCGUACAAUUUAUUGGCGGCAUCGGCAUUCCAGUGGAGGAUUUGCAUUUUGAGUCAGUAACAUCGGGUUAUGUAUUGAAGGUAGAAUACUUUCUACCAACAAAAGCUCAAGAAAUUCGACCCUAUUACUUAAAACCGCAAUCGAUACAUCGCCGCAGCACCAAUGAGACACUCACACUCACGCAAGACGCACUUGAGUUGGCCCACUCGCAAAGCACUCAAAUGUGGACUGUGAACGGUAAUGAGAGCUCCAAUUUCGGUGAUAAUUUCAAAAGUCAACACAGAAAUGCGUCCAUAUAUAGGUGGAUCAUAUACAAAGCCAUCGAAAUAAUACUGAACCGGUCUGGCUUACCCGGUCACAUAUGUCUAAUGCGCAGCAUUUGCGAGCACGCAUCUGUGCCGUUGCACUAUGAAAGCGGUAUGUUGGCGGAAAUUUUGCACAUUGUUUUAACACCGUCAACGUCACGUGAUGAUUUUCGAACAGCCAGCGAUAAAGAUUAUUUGAAAGCGGAAAUAUUGGGGCGGUCGGGAGGUAAUUGUGAAUUUAAAUACAGUGAAUGUACAGUGUCACCGAUUGAUCAAAUUUCUAUUAUCUUCGAUUAAUUAUAA